CUCGCACGGGUUCACUCGGGCUCACUUGCUCUGGCUCCUGAACCCCUUCGCUCCACACUAGGACGCCGAGUACUUUCCAUCACUCCCCCUGUGAACCCGCCGGAGCCUUGGCCUCUCAGAUUGGUGCACGCGCAGUCUCUCAGGCUCAUUCAUUCUCUGUGGCCUGCCUCAGAGCACCUGCCAUGGCAUCCCGUGUGACCCCACUACUGGCCUUCAGCCUGCUGGUUCUCUGGACCUUCUCAGCCCCAGCUCUGGGGGGUGCUAACGAUGCGGAAGACUGCUGCCUGUCUGUGACCCAGCGCCCCAUCCCUGGUAACAUCGUGAAAGCCUUCCGCUACCUUCUUAUCCAAGAUGGCUGCAGGGUGCCUGCUGUUGUGUUCACCACACUAAGGGGCUACCAGCUCUGUGCACCUCUAGACCAGCCCUGGGUAGAACGCAUCAUCCGAAGACUGAAGAAGUCUUCCUCCAAGAGCAAAGGCGGCAGCACCAAAAGGGGCCCUGUGUCUUGAGUGAAGAGAUGUGACUCACUCUGGCCCAGGAAACCAAGGACCAGAAGAGAGGACCAAGCCUCCCGAUCUGCCCGAGACCUGACCUAGCCCAGUCUGUGCCUAGAGAGUCGGUGUGAACGUGAGUGUGAGCAUGACAGUUUGUGUGGCUAGAACAUCGCCUCUCCACGGCCAGACUGCAGUGCUUCCAAUAAAGCUUGGUACUGUGG